AUGCUUCGAGAUCAUUAUACAGAUGAGGAUCUCAAGCUGCUUAGGAUCGAGCGACUGGACGGUAGCAGACUAUCCAUGAAUGAGUGCUAUAUCAAUCUAGCUGUUGUUCGAAGUGCCGGGGACGAUACUCUGAGUAAGGAUUCCGGCACCCCCUCACCGUCGCCCUUCUCUAUCCUGCGCCGUCUGGAUAUCUGGGAACCGCCAAGGUCGCAACGUGUCGAUUUGGAAGCACUAUUCGACAGAAGAAAUGGUGCAUCGGUCGGCGCGGCGAUAGAUGGCUCUUCCGAGGAUAUUCCCAUGCGAAUCCUCAUCCGUGGCCAAGCCGGCGUGGGCAAGACGACGCUCUGCAAGAAGCUGGUACACGACUUUCUCUACAAGGGCAUGUGGGCUGAGAUCAUCGAUCGCGUCGUCUGGAUCCCGCUACGCCAGAUCAAAAGCAGCCUCGAAAUGGGACAAAGUAUCGCAAAUAUUCUGAGCGGGCCACUGCCUGAUAUCGAAAAGGCCGGGGAGGGCACGCUCGGCGAGGCCUUGGAAAGAUCGUUCAAGGACAACCCCAGCAGGACGCUCUUUAUCCUUGAUGGCUUUGACGAGGUGUAUCGAGAGUUGUACACUCCAGGUUAUGAGCUGCUUCUCAAGCUGAUCAAUGUGCCUCGGGUCAUUAUAACCGCCCGCCCACGAGGUGUCAAUCGCGAACUCUUCCAGAACAUUCACCUGGAGCUCGAAACAACUGGCUUUUACCCAACUCAGGUGAAGGAAUACAUUGAGAAGCAUGCUGGAGAUAAAGCAGUAGAGAUUCAUUCGUUCAUCGAGGGCCACCCUGUGGUAACCGGCUUAGCUCGCAUUCCGAUUCAGCUUGAUGCCAUCUGCUACAGCAUGAUGGCUGGGAUGCUGAAUGGCGACAGUCCUCCGGAGACCAUGACGGAGCUGUACCACUCCAUAGAGACGUCGCUCUGGAAUAAGGAUGUCGAGAUGCUGGAGAAGCGUCGCGAAGGCAGUGGUGAACCAGUCUUGAAACAUGAAGCCCAGGCUUCUUAUCCGGACGACGUCAGACGUCUGUGUCAGGCCGAGAUCAACGCCCUCCAGGCUCUUUCGUUCACCGGGCUCGUUAACGACACAAUUGAAUUCGACCCGGUGUUUCUCAAAAGCUUCCAUGACGUGCAGACUAUCAUCACGAGCAAUCUCCCUGCAUCCAAAGCACAGCCAUGGUUUACGGACUUGGACAAGCUCUCUUUCCUGAGAACGUCAGAUGGGCCGCUCACACCAACCACCCGGAGCUAUCACUUUCUGCAUUUGACAUUCCAGGAGCUGUUUGCUGCGCAAUUCUUUGCCCAGCAUUGGAUGUCGAAGAAGGAUCUCAUA